CUAUCUAAUAGCUCAAGGAGAGACUCUUAUGCGAUACACUGUCUUAGUGGAGCUGCCAUCAUCUGCUUUGCAUUCAAUGCGAUGAGAAUGAAGUGGGCGGAUUGGUACAGCGACCAUCCCGUCUGGGCGGGAGAGCUGCUCUAUUAGGCCUCGCUGAUGGGCGCUCUGUCGUCUCUGUUGCCAGACGACUACUUAAAGAAUCCCAAUACCCAUCUCCGCAAUUCCGGACUUGCAGUGUCCUACUUUUCGCAUGGUCUCGCCGCAAUAGUCAUAUACGUCUUCUUCUGGACUGAGCAAACCGGCUAUGUCACUAUCUACGUCAUCUUCUCAAUUCUUCAAGGCUUUUUUGAUCGAAUUGCUAUGGCAUGCAUGAAGUAUAUGUGCCUGAAGGACGGUGCCCCAUCUGCGCAAUUAAAUGGUUUGACGUAUGCUGAGGCUUGUGAGAAUCACAGCUAUUCCAGCCAGGAAGACGGUUGUCUCGGUCCGGAAGAGUUGGACAGGGAAAAGCGCAACAGUAUGGUAGGGCGAGUCGGAGUGACCUCGGAAAAGUGAAGCUGCAUCGAGGGCUGUAAUCCUUCGCCGAACUGGCCUUGGGGCGGGCAUAUACAAAAAAAAACCCCACGGAGUCAGACCUUUCAUGUCAAGUGGAAGUUAAAUCAUCCCAAGUCACCUCGAUCGUUGUUCGGCGAAAUCUUGUUCCGCCCGGUCGUUCUUUCCUCCACGUCCACAACACCCCACU